AUGGCGUUUGGACCUGACGGCGGCAUUUAUGUAACGGAUACAGAUAACUUCCGAAUCCAGAAGUUCAAUGAAAUGGGGGUUUUUGUAUUUGAGAUCCAGAUGAAGGCAGAGAGCGAGUUUCGGUUCAUUAAGCCUACGGCUAUCGCUAUUGGCACGGAUAGUAGUAUCUAUGUAAUGGACUGGAUGUUCGUGGAGAUUUCAGGCGCAGACCUACAAGAAGUGCAGGGUCCCAAGAUCUUCAACUACGGCCCGUGUAUCCAUAAAUUUGAUGCGCACGGUGUAUUUGUCGCGAGUUACCCGAUUCAAGAUUUGAGCCAGCGGAUAAAGCGUCUUGAAUCCGCCGCCCCCGGCUUGGAUGCAGAUGGUAAUUAUGCGCUGAUUAUCCCACAAGGGGACACGAAACGAGAAUUUUUAUUAACAACCGAUGUUCACAAUAAUGUCUAUGUGUGCGAUAGUGAUGUGCCGAAUAAACUGAUCGUCAAACUUGAUGCGAACGGCAAGACGGUUGCCCGCUAUUUUCUUGACCAACCGGGAGCAGGACACAUCGCACAUCCCGCGGAUAUGGCGGCGGAUAAAGCUGGAAAUCUCUAUAUUGUUGAUGAGAAGGGGCAUCGGGUACUAAAAUAUAAUUCCCAUGGGAAAUUCGAGCGUGCCUUUGGCACGUAUGGCGAGGCAGCUGGGGAGUUUAUCGCACCUUUCCGGAUAACGGCAUUGACAGAUGGGACACUCCUUAUUGCUGAUACAGCGAAGUACUUAAAGGACUUCGCCUCCACGCUUCCGAAACGACUUGACGAUCCGACGCGACGCUACGAUGGCGAUACACGGUUGUUUCGCUAUCGGCUACGGCGUAUCCAACGGUUUACCACAGAUGGUGCCUAUACACAGAAGCUACUUAUCCCAUUCCGGCGAGAAGUUGAAACCGAUGUUGCACUCCAACUCAAAGGAAUGGAUGGGCGUGGAAAUCUUUACUAUCUUGAUCCAGCAGAGUUGCGAUUUAGGAAAUAUGCACCGACCACGUCAUUGAUGUCUUCGAUGUUCCAGACGGAACUCAAGCUCCGUUAUACACGCGACUUGCACGAUGUUGAAAUUGACAAUCAAGAUGAUUUGGACGCAGAUCUCUAUACCAAAUCCGAUUUUGAUGAACAGAUUAUUCGGGAUGCCGCACAUGCGAAUUUAAUUUUCUCUUACGAUCUCAAUGAGGCGUACAGCAUCGCAUUGUCGAAUCGACUUACUUAUGUUCGAAUGACCGAUACGAGUUUUUACCGGGCAAGGGAUUUUGAGGACUUCCGCGGACGGUUCAAUCAAGAUGAUCGAGCGACUGAAAACUCUUGGGAUGAUCGCAUCCAGCUUGACUUUACGUGGAUUCGCGAUCACAGCCUCUACAAUUAUCGGGAAGCGCGUGCUUUUGCAUAUUUUAGCGUCAUCCGCGUCGAUUUCAUCAACGAUGCCCUUGACAGUUUUAAUUACCGAUUCUUCGACUUCGAUGCCAACCUCUCUGACUGGGGGGCAGGUGUACAUUACGACUUAAGUCGAACGUUCCGCUUGAAUUUUGAAAUCACACAUUUCUUCGGCGAGAAUCGGUAUACCUAUAUUGACGAAACGAAUGUUCUCUACGCCACUGGUUUUCAGGAAGGAGACCUGACGCGAGCGGUUUUGUUCGUAAACGGGGUCUUUUAA